GUUCGUUAUCUAUAUCUUAUCUCUCAUACCUGAUAAUUAUGAAAAUUUUAUUAAGCUAUUUUUUAAUAAAUUAGAGUAAAAUGUCACUAGCCGGAAACUUUUGUACGCCACUGUAUAUUGCGGUAUGUUUGAUAGAGAUUAUAAUGCACUCACUCAUGUUUGCAACAACGAUAGUUGUGUUUCAAGUGAGGCUUUUGAAAAUUUGUACCACAAUGUCAUAUUAUCUUUCCUUUUGACUAUAUCAGUUUUGUGUUUUCGUGAUCGUCUUCUUGAUACGCAGAAUUCCAUUAAAAAUGCAAUUACAUCGUUCACCAUUCCGACAAAAAUACGGACAUAAUAGAACUAUAGAAGGUACGUAAAAAACUUUUUUUAUCAAACUUAUAAUGUACUACGACUCUCAAUAUUUUUCUCUUGUCUUGUUAGACUAGAUAUAAACGUUUUUACGACUGUAAAGUUUAUAUGCUUGUAAAGUUCCUUCUUACGAUGCCAACAACUGUAAUCAAUUGGAGAUAGAGUUUUCAAUAUUUAAUGUCGCGUUCAACGCGGUUGUUGAGUUUCCAAUUGAGGGUGAAUAUUGCUUCACAUUUAGACAGGGAAAGCAAGAUAACUCUUUAUUUUUAUUUUGGAUAUGGAUAUAGUGGAAUCUUUACGUUAUAAAGAUUUUGUGUGGGCAGUUGAAAUACAUCGCUUAGGUUUGAAAUUAAUGGGCUUAUGGCCUAAAAACAACAAAUUCGAUACGAAUAAUUUAUGGUCGAAACUUCAUGUAGGCAUUAUUUUAAUUUUAUUAAUAUUUGUUGUCAAUAUUCCAAUGAUACAUGCGAUUUUACAAGUUUGGGGCGAUAUGGUACUGGUAGUAAACAAUUUACGUAUUGCCUUACCUUUGCUAAUAGCAUUAGCAAAAUAUGUUAUUAUGCUAUGGAAACGAAAAGUUCUCUUGUCGAUUAUAAAUAUGAUGGCGGAAGAUUGGAUGGCAUUGAAGCUGAAUACAGAAAGAUCCGUAAUGAUAAAGCAAGCACAAACUGGUCGAUUAAUCAUGAUCAUUGGAUACAUUAGCGCGAUAUUAGCAGUUUCUAUAAUGAUCAUUCCUUCCAUUUUUGGUAUACAAAUGAUAUCAGAAAGGAAUCUUACGGAUCGACACAAAUCGUUACCAUUGGCGGCAUAUCACUUCUAUGAUACCGAUAGGAGUCCGCAGUAUGAAUUGACAUUUUGCAUUCAUACUAUAUCUCUCAUUUUUACAAAUACUAUUUAUAUGUUUGCAGAUAUUUUUUUAAUAGUACUAGUUCUUCACAUUUGUGGCCAGUUAGAAAACUUUAGAUGCCGAUUAGUUAAUUUGAAAUCAUGCAAGAGUUUCAACAUAAUUUUAAAUAACAUCGUAACGUCAUAUUUGCGUAUGAGCAGAUUUACCGACAACAUCGAGAGUACCUAUUCUAUCAUGAUGUUAAUAAUGAUGCUUCACUUUGUUAUUGUAUUUUGCCUAUCCGGGUUUCUGUUUACUACUUUUCUUAUUGACAGAAAAAUGGAUGAAGCUGUUAUGUCAAAAAUCUACUUAUCUAUAAUGGCUAUUACUAUCUUAUUGAUGACUACUUUUCUGUACUGUGGUGCAGGAGAACUUAUAUCGGAGAAAUGCAAUGCAGUAUAUCGUGCAAUAUGCGAUCUUGAAUGGUACAAAUGGGAAUCAAAAAAUGCGAGAAAUCUCAUUUUAUUAAUGAUACGAGUACGCCAUCCUUUCCGCAUUACUGCAGGAAAAAUUAUUCCAUUAACAAUGGCUACUUUUUGUAGUGUAUUAAAAACGUCAACUGGAUAUAUAUCGUUUUUACUAACAAAACAUGCAAAAGAGUGAUACGAUAUUACGAACACACAACAUUAACAAUUGUUGGAAUAAAAAUAAAAUUUUCUUUAAUUACGUUUACAUUUAUUGUAAAUUAUAUUCAGCAUUUUGUAAUGUGAUGAUAUUUUUUGCUUUUCACAGAAAUAUUUUGAUAGAGUUUAAUUUGUUAAUUUGUGUUUAAGUGUCAAGAAAAAAAUUAUACUGUAAUUUCAAACUCCUUUUAGUGCUUAAAUAAAAUUAUAUUCAGUGAUAACA